AUGGCGAACAAGAUCCUCGUGUCCUAUGUCGUCGCCGACUUCCUCUUCGUCCUGAUGGGCGCCUUCAUGCUCGGCUUCUCGGUCGUGGUGCAGAACGUGCGCGACGAGGUCCCGACCGAGGGCGAGCAGGCGGCCCGCAACCUGCUGUACCAGGACUUCCCGCUGACGGCAGGCAUCGUCAAUGCCGUCUUCAUCUUCGUCACCUUCGCCCUCACCAUCCCGGCCGUCGCGACCCCGACCCGGGGCUGGCUCAAGAUGUCGGGCUACCUGGUGGUGGUCAACGCGCUCUUCACGCUCUGCAUCGGCACCUUCCUCUGGGUCACGACGCUCAAGACGCGCGAGGCCCUCUCGCCCAUCUGGAACGCCCAGUCCGCCGGCGUCCAGUCGCUCAUGGAGCAGCAGUUCAAGUGCUGCGGCUACUUCAACAGCACCGCCCCGGCCUUUGUCACCAACUCGGUCUGCCCCAGCCCGGCCGCCGCCGCCCUCAUGAAGGGGUGCGCCUCCCCGCUGACGAGCUACGCAAACACCUUUGUCGACAGCAUCUUUACGGCCGUCUACGGCAUGUGCGGUAUCGAUGCUCUCCUGAUCAUGGCCACCGCCUGCCUACUCAAGGAGCGCAAGGAGCAGGAGCGCUUCCGUCACAUUGACGAGAAGAGCGGCACCCUGUAA